AUGGAGGAACCACCCAAAGACACUCUCGGCGGCUUCGUAGGCGGCAGCAACACCAUCUCCAGCCUGGACCUAGACGUGACGGAUGAGGGCGAGUGCGGUCAUGGGGUGCACAGGCAGGAACAGAGACGGAGAGCUCGGGCGGAAGUGCAGCAGGGGAGUCCAACAGGAACCCAGUCCUCGUGGCAGGAGGGGGGGCAACGGAACUGGCUGUUGGGGGAGGCCUGGAAGUCACAAGCAAGGGGGCAGCAGGUGCUGCCGGCGGGAGGGCAGCAGGAGCUGCCGGCGAGAGGGGAGCAGGUGUGGCCGGCGAGAGGGCAGCAAGAGCCGCAGGCAAGAGGGCGGCAGGCGCGGUCGGCAGGCGAGCAGCAGGUACUGCCGACGGGAGAGCAGCAGGUGCGGCCGGCGGGAGGGCAGCGGGAGCUGCAGGCAGGAGGGCAGCGGGAGCGGCUAGCGGGAGGGCAGCAGGAGGUGCCAACGGGAGGGCAGCAGGAGGUGCCAGCGGGAGGGCAGCAGGAGGUACCGGUGGGAGGGCAGCAAGAGGUGCCGGCGGGAGGGCAGCAGGAGCUGCCGGCGGGAGGGCAGCAAGUGGUAGAAGUGGAGAUGGCCGAGCUACAGCCAGAGGCGCAGCAGGACCAAUCGGGGAACCGGGCCCGGCCACAUGCAGGAGGGGAGCAGGAGCCGCCCGGGGGAGAGCAGCAUGAGCUGCCAAGGGAAGAGCAGCAGGAGCUGCCGGCAAGGGAGCAGCAAGCAAGGGAGCAGCAAGCGGUAGACGUGGAGAUGGCCGAGCUACAGCCAGAGGUGCAGCAGGACCAAUCAGGGAACCAGGCCCGGCUGCAGGCAGGAGGGCAGCAGGAGCUGCUGGGGGAAGAGCGGCAAGAGCUGCCAACAGGAGGGCAGCAGGAGUUGUCGGGGGGAGGGCAGCAGGAGCUGUCGGAGGGGGAGCGGCGGGAGCUGCCGGCGCGGGGGCAGCUGGAGGUCGCUAGUGCGGACGCUACAAGCCAAGCGAAGAGAACCCAGGCACGGGGCCGAGGCGGGAGACGACACGCCUGUAAGUCGCAAGGGCGCACUGGAAGCGGUGCUGCUGCACAGCAGGCGGAGGGGCAGCCGGGGGCGACUGAGACACCCCAGGGAGCUCCGCGGGCGGGGGGGCAGCCCUGGGUGCCCGGGGCACCCCAAGGAGAGCAGCAGCCAGGGUGGCAGCCGGGGUUGACCGGAGCACCCCAGGGAGCGCAGCAGGCAGGAGGGCAGCCGAGGGUGCCCGGAGCACCCCAGGGAGAGCAACAGGCAGGGGGGCAGCCGAGGGUGCCCGGGGCACCCCAGGGAGUGCAGCAGGCAGGAGGGCAGCUGAGGGUGCCCGGGGCACCCCAGGGAGUGCAGCAGGCAGGGGGGCAGCCGAGGGUGCCCGGGGCACCCCAGGGAGUGCAGCAGGCAGGGGGGCAGCUGGGGGUGACCGGAGCACCCCAGGGAGUGCAGCAGGCAGGAGGGCAGCCGAGGGUGCCCGGGGCACCACAGGGAGUGCAGCAGGCAGGGGGGCAGCUGGGGAUGACAGGAGCACCCCAGGGAGUGCAGCAGGCAGGAGGGCAGCCGAGGGUGCCCGGAGCACCCCAGGGAGUGCAGCAGGCAGGAGGGCAGCCGAGGGUGCUUGGGGCACAACAGGGAGUGCAGCAGGCAGGUGGGGAGCCGGGGGUGCCCAAAGCACCCCAGGAAGUGCAGCAGGCAGGAGGGCAGCCGGGGGUGCCCGGGGCACCCCAGGAAGUGCAGCAGGCAGGAGGGCAGCCGAGGGUGCCUGGGGCACCCCAGGGAGUGCAGCAGGUAGGAGGGCAGCCGAGGGUGCCCGGAGCACCCCAGGGAGAGCAGCACGCACGGGGGCAGCCGGGGGUGAUCGAAGCACCCCAGGGAAAGCAGCAUGCAGGAGGGCAGCCGAGGGUGCCCGGGGCACCACAGGGAGUGCAGCAGGCAGGUGGGGAGCCGGGGGUGCCCAAAGCACCCUAG